GAGUGGGGGCGCCCGGGACCACGGCGACACGUGCGCGGCAGGGACGCGAGCAGUCCCUGACGCGAGCGGAGCCGGGGCAGGCGGGUGGGCGCGGGGGUGUGCCCGCGCCAUGCCCCCCGCGCGUGCGGCCGGCCGGGCGGCUGCGUGAGUCACGGCGGGGCUCGCCUUUAUAACCGCCGGCAGGAUCGCGUGAGUGGCCCGCCCGGCGCUCUGCGUUCCGCGCUCCAGCCCGUGCGUCCCCAACGGCCCCCCAACAGCCGCCCAGGCCCGAGGGCGCCAUGAGAAGCCCGCGCUGCGCCCGCCUGCUGCUCCUACUGCUGCUGCCGCCGCUGCUGCUCACACCUCCCGCCGGCGACGCCGCGGUCAUCACCGGGGCCUGCGACAGGGACCCCCAGUGUGGUGGAGGCAUGUGCUGUGCUGUUAGUAUCUGGGUUAAGAGCAUACGGAUUUGCACACCGAUGGGCAAAGUGGGAGACAGUUGCCAUCCGAUGACUCGUAAAAACCAUUUUGGGAAUGGAAGGCAGGAAAGAAGAAAGACGAAGAGAAGAAGAAAGAAAAAGGUUCCAUUUUUUGGGCGGAGAAUGCAUCACACGUGUCCAUGCCUGCCCGGCUUAGCCUGUUCACGGACUUCGUUUAACCGAUACACUUGUUUAGCCCGGAAGUAAUCACUUUAGAGGAGACGCUUUAAAUGUGAACAGCCACACAAUGUCUGUAAAGCCUGUUCACCUGUGAUUGUGUCAAACAGAUAAUAUGCCAGAAAGAAAUGCUAUUGCUUCCUCAGUUCUCUAAGUCACAUUUCCCUCUUUGAUUUUUAAAUGAUGUUGUACUUUUUUUUUUUUUGAUUGAAAGGGGGUUUACAUUUUGAAUAGAAACAUAAAGUGCAGGACAUUAUGGAACAGUUCUCAUUUCCUUGUUUGUUUUCUCAUUUGGCUUUUUUUUUUUUUUAAUGCCAAUAACUCAUCCAUUUUCGCAGAAGUGCAGAGAAUACAAAUUUGUUAUUUUGUUACAGAAAAUUUUUUUCCCUAAACAUACCCUGCCCCCAGCCCUGUCCCACCACACACACACACACACACACACACACACACACACACCACUUGGGUCUCUUUCCUACAUUCCCCAAUGAGUUUUAAGACUCUCAUUUUAUUGUUUGGCAUUUCCCUCCCUGACCCUCUAGCAUUUUAAAGUGAGGAUCCAUAUCCUUGAGCUUGCUGGCAGAAUCACUGAUGAGAAUCAAGCUUUUUUGCCUGAUACUUAAACAGUGGAAAGAAUGUGUAGUUGAACCAGGUACCCUAAACUUCUCUUAUAGGGAGUAGAGAUGGGGCUGCUCCUGAACUUUGACUGAUCCUGCUUAUGUAAGUGGGUGCCAGGUCUGCGGUUGACCAGUGUAAGGACAGAGAGAAUGGGAAGUCAAAUUAGUCUAGAUUUAUAGAUUUGGGAUUUUUUUUUUUAAAAGACAUUUCCAGUACAAAUACUACAUUUAUUUCUUUUUCUUUUUAUAAGGAUUUUUUUUUUAACAAAAGUCUCCUAGUUAGAGAUGUUCCAGAAAAUGUCACUUGAAGAAGAUGUAUUGAUUUUAAUCUGGCAUAACACUAGUUACCAUGUUAGAAUCAGUAUUAAGUUGUCACUUAAACUUUAUCUGUAACCCAAAGAUCUGUUGUAAUGGAUUGCCUGGCACCCUGUCGUUUGUACGUACCACUAUUGCUGUGUAAAAAUUCUGUAUCAGAAUGACAGUACUGUAUAUCAUUUGAUUUAUUUUUAAUAUUAUAUCCUUAUUUUCGUCACAGUUGUCAGUUUUUAUUACAAGCAGAUUUCUAUAUAGCCCAUAUUAAAACAAUGGGUAAAGACUCCAGAGUUGGUAAUAUAGCCCUAACAGAGUGUACAUUUUCCUUUUACAUACAGGAACGUUCUGUUUGCAUGAGUUUUAUGGUAGUACAAAAAUAAUGUAUAAAUCGGUGAGGUUUGGGGGAAUGAAGGAAAAUUAUGACAUGCAUAACUGUAAUCAAAAUGGACUCAUGGCAUUUCCCUGUCUUGAUUCAGCAAAGUAGUAAUGGGUGCUGAUCAUAAGUGGUUAGGCAGGGCGCUAGGUCCUGGCCUAUGGCGAUGCCAGUGUAGCCUGGCCUUGAAAAGAACCCAGCAAGUAUUGUAAAUGGAUUCAAAUUUGCAAAUAAACAACUUCUGAAGUGUGUUUAACUGACUAAAGUGGCCAUGCCAACUCACUAACCCACAAAAAGUAAUUGUUUAUUUUAUAGUUAUUUAUUCAGCCAGAACUUACAGUUGCAUAUUAUAUAUAACUUUUCCCCUGGGGUAAGUUUUGCUAUAAGUGUAUUGAAUUUUGCUGUACUUAGUACCAUACUUGGUCGUAGAAAGAUUAUUUUGGGUUCAGUUUAGUUUGCGUUCAAGAAACAUUCCUUGGUGAGUGUGUCGGUGAAAAGAAAGUCUUCAAGUGGAAUUAUGGGUAGUUUUGCUCAAUAUUGCUCAGUGCUGUUUUCACAUAAUGUUCACCACAUCCUUUUAAUAAGUGCUGAAAACUUGAUUGGGUCAAUCAUCUGUUUUCCCCCAGGUUAAAAGACAUGUAGCUUUUAUAAAAGUUUGCUUUUAUAUGUCAACUUAAUAUUUUAAAUCAAUACCUAAAAACUUAGACUGCGUAUACACAGCCAAGAGAAUAUUAUGUGAAUCGGGUGUACAAAACUUAGAACUGUACCUACUGACGCACUACCAUUCAAAGAAAAACAGAGCUUUGUCAUUUGUUACCUCUCUCGUUGGUUAUUAUUUUUAUUGAGGAGUGUGCUCUUCUAUUUGGCUAUUACUUUUUAACUUGUUACCAGCACUUAUCAAACAGUUGUUGUAAAAAGCUUGUGGUCAUGUUUCCUGGACAGUUUUUAAAAUAAUUGUGUGCAAAGCACUUAAAGCUUUGUGCUGUAAAGACGGUAUGGUGGUGCUGUUUCUUCCAGUCCCUAGGACAAGCUCUCAUGGAAGCUGGAACUUCAUAGGCCAGAAUUUCUAAAAGUAAGGCAAAGUGAGAAUUUAUGCAAGAAAACCUAAGUCAACAAUCUUGUCUGAUAUAAAUUUUGUGAGUGGAUUCCAUUCUUUCUAAGGUAGAAAUAGAUUUUAUGGCAGAAGCUACUGACCAAACUCAAAUGGAUCUUUGGAUUUCUUGGCAAAGAAAUCCAUUGACUUUCAUGGAAACUGUUCAGCCUUUUUCUUAAGAGCAGCACUUUUUAAAAAUUUUAUUUUAAUUGGAGGCUAAUUACUUUGCAAUAUUGUAGUGGGUUUUGCCACACAUUG